UUUGCACUGAAACACAAUGUACCUUGAGCAGGAUCAAAGUAAUGCCUUCUGUUUAUAAUCGAUAUCAUUUACAUGGAGUGUCUUUCACUUAAGGAAGAACAGGACCGGGUAUGAAGACAGUGAGCAGCGACGUACAUGGUCAUUCUACUUUAAAUCUGCCUGUAUGCUAAGAGCGUAACUGCCGGAGCUAGCAGGAGAAACGCUUCCGCCUUCUACCUGCUGUCGAAUAACCCAGGCUAAACCCUGUCGGGAAGGACACACGCUGACAGUCUCCACUGACUUUAUUUCCUUCAGCUGCAGCUUUUCGGUGACUUGUGUUAUUCCACAUACAGUAGCAGGUGAAUGUAGCAAUGCAUGAAAAACAUGUCUCACAAAGACGAUAGUGAAGGGAAAAGGAGCUCUCACCACACUGAAUUGUACGCCAGUGUCCCUCGAACAUGCCUGCCCAUCGUGUACCACCCAGACUACAACAUCACCUUCAUGGGCCUUGAAAAGCUCCAUCCAUUUGAUGCUGGGAAGUGGGGGAAAGUCAUUUGCUUCUUGAAAGAGGAGCACUUCAUCAAUGAUGGGAACAUAGUUGGAGCCCUUGAAGCUACUGAGGAGGAUCUGCUGGUGGUUCACACCAAACACUACCUCAACAGAUUAAAGUGGUCUCUGGUGGUGGCAACUAUCACAGAAAUCCCACCUCUCCUGUUUCUGCCUAAUUUCCUGGUGCAGCGGAAGGUGUUGAAGCCUUUGCGGACACAGACAGGAGGAACGAUAAUGGCAGGAAAAUUAGCUGUUGAACGAGGGUGGGCCAUAAAUGUAGGAGGAGGCUUCCACCACUGCUCCAGUGACAGGGGAGGGGGCUUUUGUGCCUACGCGGACAUCACUCUGGCCAUCAAAUUCCUGUUCGAGAGAGUGGAAGGCAUCUCCAGGGCUACCAUCAUCGAUCUGGAUGCUCAUCAGGGAAAUGGACACGAACGCGACUUCAUGGAUGACAGGCGAGUGUUCAUCAUGGAUAUGUAUAAUCGCUACAUAUAUCCUGGGGAUGGAUACGCAAAAAGAGCCAUAAAGAGGAAGGUAGAGCUGGACUGGGGCACUGAAGACUCUGAGUAUCUUCAGAAAGUAGAGCUCCACUCCGAGGGAGCUCUGAAUGAGGUCCGACCUGACAUCAUUGUCUAUAAUGCAGGGACAGACAUCUUGGAUGGGGACCCACUUGGAGGACUCUCCAUAUCACCACAGGGCAUUGUAAAGAGAGAUGAGAUUGUGUUCAGGGCUGCAAGGAGACGGGGCAUCCCUAUACUCAUGGUAACAUCUGGGGGAUACCAGAAAAAAACAGCCCGCAUCAUCGCCGACUCCAUUCUCAACUUACACCAGCAGGGCCUGAUUGGAGCAGAGGCUCUGGAGGGGGAGGGGUCAUCAUCUCUGGUGACCAGCAUGAUGUGCAGCUCCGGACCUGCAGGAUCAACAUUCACUGCUGUCUGAGGGGCAUUAACACUCACAGGUGUGGCCUCCACAGCUGUGACAUAUGAUGGCAGUGAAUUAACUUUGUGUGAAAGCAGCAAUGAUAUUGUGAGGAAUGUUUGUUAUUUUGUGUGUGUGUGUGUGUGUGUGUGUGUGUGUGUGUGUGUGUGUGUGUGUGUGUGUGUGUGUUAACGAGCUUUGUGAAGUUGGCACUUCAUGAAAGGGAAUAAUCAUUCAAAGAGAAAAGUUGUACUGAAACAAUAGCGCUCUCUUGACUACAGCAGAUUUACAUAAGCUCUCACAUGCGACAGAAAGAGUAUUAAGAUUUGAAUCCGUGGGAGAAUGAAGGGUUUAUGUUUUAUGUAUGUUCAGGGCUGCAUUUUGUUGAGGUAUUCUUUCAUCUCAGGAAAUGUAAUAAUGUCAUUGUGAAGGAUAUGAUAUAUUAAUAGUCCAUAAAAUGGUACAGAGGUGUGAUGUUCUUACAGAUACAUGUUCAGUAUAUUAAUUAUCCUCCAUCUCACUUUAUGGUAACGGAGGUUAAAAAUGAAGAUAACAACUUGAGAAAAGUGUUGUGAUCAAAUAUAAUUUAAUAGUGGUGUUUAACCUACAGGACCUAAUGUCUUCUUUAGUCCUCAUAAGCAUUUUGUUUGAUCAUUUCUAGUCUAAAAUGUUGAUUUUAUCUAGAUAAUAUUGUAAUCAGAGUGUGUUUGAUUAAUCAAGUUAAACCAUUGAUGGGUUUUUGUACUUAAUGCACUCUGUGCUUUAAAUCCACUCAUAUCUCCAGUUAAUGUUUACAGGGAGCCCGGUAUGAUUUCACUGCAGCUACUUAAGUGUUUGGUCUCUAAACUAAAACAUGUGAGUCUGUGCACUUUAACUGGUGUAUGGUGACAGAAAGUUCACCUACACAUUCCUGAGCUCCUAAAAAAAAUCAGUGUUCCUCUUUGCAGUGUGCUCCUGUCAUCCAGACAUCAAAGUCCAAAAACCGAGAAGUGUUCAGUGACUAAAGAGCAGCCCUGACCACUGAAGCUUUUCAUGGCUUUUACUUCUGAUUGGUUUCAGAACUCAGUGCUCCAUAAAUGAUGUUUACACAUACAGUUGUUGAACCUCCAUCAGACACACACUGAAUACUGAAUACGUCUGUGUAGGUGUGUAAUAUUGGUGUAUAAGACUAACUAGCCCAUUCUAGUUUGAAUUUCUGUACAGUAUAAUGUUUUAAAUGAACCAAAGCCUUAGUUCACCUUUUCCUUAUUUGCACAUAAUAUAAAAUAUUGAUAUCACACCUUCAUGCGAUUGUAAAGCUUCACAAGGCAUGUUGAUGGAUCACUGUGAGAGACGGGAGCAAACAGAGAGAGUGGUCAUGUGGUACGGGGCCUGAACCGUCCAAGAAUGUGGCGAUAUCGCCAAAACACGUCUGACAGGGCAAGAAGCACGAGCGGCCGGAUAUUCAGCCUGAUUUCAAACAAACCUAGCCUGGUUCCAGACUCCUGAAUCACCCACAUCACUGGUUAGUUUGAGAAUUUAUCUUUAACGGUUGUUUCCUAACGGUGAAACGAGACUGAUAAUGACAGCUUUGUAGGUGAGAUUAAGAAUGGGAAGUCUGUUGACUACAUAGCUAGCUACCUGGGAACAUUUCACCAGAAAUGGUGAUGCAGCCCUGCUGACUGUUGUAAAUCGACAUGAGGGAAUGAUUCAUCCAGCAUAACUGCAAUGUCUGUGAAAAACAUGAUACAGCCUCCAUGUUAACUGACAAUACGUCAGCAGGACAGAAUCUGCUGACCCCACCCCCCCACCCCCACACACACACACACACACACACCCCCUAACCCCUCAUUUCAGAUCGUUUCACUCUUGGUUGAAACUACAAAUAAAUUGGUUUAGAUAAUGUGGCUUAUGUAUGUAGGACAUGUCUCAUCCACUGCUUGUGUUUCUCACCCCAUCAGAAUUUGUUCUAGCAAUGUUGCCAUGUUCCCACAUGUCAGCAAUAUCUUUUAGGACAAAGUAUCAACAAUAAACAAUAAAAAUUAUCAUCAAAAUUAUAUUAUACAAGUUGUAAUAAAUUGUAACCAUCCUUUAAAUCCCUUAAAUCUAGAUUUUCAUUCCUCACAAGGCCAAACCCAUGACAUCUCAAUUUGUUUUAUUUAGGUUAAAUAGAUGAGUGUGUUUUACAUUCAGAUCUUGUCUCGCGCAGCUUUAGCCGUGCUAAUUGACUUCCCAAAGUACAGCAACAACCUGGGGGAGUACAGUAGUUGCAGGAGGAGGGAUGGUUGCGCAUGUGUUCACACUUUGAAGUUUCACAGUGCACUGAGACAUGGACUGUUGGCUUCUGAGUACCUGUGUUGUUGUGUGUGGAACAAACACAUGGACAAAGAGAGGUAGACGUCAGUUUGCUGUGUCCUGUGUUAGGACUGGUAAGAAGAAAUCCGACAAAGACAAAGCCGUUGACCAAAUUAGAAGAGACGUUAAUGUUACUGGUACUUUUCAUAAUAAAACCACUUCCUCUGUGGACUUUGGCGUGACAUGAGAUGUGUUUUUCUGUUGUGCAGCUGAGUGGACCUGAAGCGACAGCUGGCAGUUGCCGCUGUAAUGAUUUUUCUAAUGUGUUUUCACAUUCAUUAUCUUCUGCUGCUCUGGCUCCCCUCUACUGUUCCAAAAAAAGUUCCAAAAGUUAGGACUGGAGCUCAGACUCAUCAUCAUUUAAAGGAUUAAAACGCCUAUCUUUGAACAGCAUGAAAAGCAGUGUUCGGUGCUUAUCCAGGAAGCUGUUUGGACACAUUCAUAAUGAAACUGUGAGAGGCAGGCCAUAUUAGCGGUGUCAGUGCUAAUUAGCCAAAGCCUUUGAUCUGGUGUGCUGCUUUUGAAUGCGGCUGAAAGGUUUGGAGCAGUCUACCUUUAAUUAGGACUCAGAAUAUAUCACUUACUGUAUGCAGGCUUCCUUAAUACCCGAUGCUAUCCCAGAUUCCAGCUCAUCAGCUCCUUUCUGUGUCAGCCAGCGUUUUAGCCAUUUGAGUUGAUUGAAUGUUUCGUGCCAAAAAUAACACUCAAGUCUUCAAAGCUGUACUGUAUAUUUUUUUUUGGUGUGUUUGUGGUUUGUGCUGACAUUGGAAAUUACGUCUAUGCAUUCAUAAUGACAUUGAAUAAAUCCUGUAACAAAAAAAAGGUCAGUUUUUUUUUUUUUUUUCAUUGAUUUUACUGCCCGUGCUUAAAG